CCGUAGGAUGUCAAAGAGUUGAGGGGUGGGUGGCUAUUAUGACUUGACACCGCGAUCACAGAAUGGAGCUAUUUUCAUGGAGAUGAAAGCAUCGGGAUGGCCAGGCGCCAGGAAGUGUCUGUGCAUGAUUUCUGGUGCUUUCAUAUCGAGUAGGGUAAAGGCUCGUGUCUACCUCGUUGUAGAUUGUGAAUGAAGCUCCAGCGUGGCAGCAUCGGAUUCGCGAUGGCCAGGCGCAAAAGAGCUGCCAUCCUUGGCUCGUUCGCACUGUGAUGGCCUUUACUCCAACCUUGACUCGAGACCAAGAGAUUGAAGGUCAUUUUGAAAGUUGGGAAACACUUCUCAGGGACUUUGAAAGCUGCCAUAGUUUCUCGCACAUGACACGAGUAACGGUUUGUGUGUCUUGUCGGUUGGUACAUCUAGACAUCACCCACAUGUCUGGAAGAAAUCGUUGGUUUUAUGAGUACGGUGGUGGAGACGGACUUCAGAUUCCAGUCAUUUGACCUGGUUUCUUCGAAUUGGAAAUCCACAUCUUAUGUUCAGACAGCGCCAGAAGAUUCAACGACUUCGGGCUUCAUGUAGAUCUUUUGAAGAUAAGGAUCGACCACGAGUCUCGCGAAUAAACACUUUGUUGCAGUCUGGAAUGAAGGACAAGUUGCAGUAAUGUUUGCAAAUUUUGCAGCUUUCGAACUAGAGGCAUCGAAUUGCAUGUUAGGGUAUCUAGCCUUUAAUGACUGAUUUAUAGUAUUUCCCUAUACGAGAGCUUUUGCUGAAUAAAGUGGACAUGAUUCUUCUCUCG